AUGUUGCCGGAUUACGGGCAGCAGGCCGGGCACAGUGAUGAUGCUCCCAGGUCUCACAGGGAGGGGUGGAGGAGUGUGAGCAAGUCCAACAGUGGGCAGAACAUCAGCAGCCAGCGGCAAGCCCGGUCCAGGACGCCUCCCAGGUCGCCUCCCAGGUCGCCUCCAAGGUCGCCUCCCAGGUCGCCUCCCAGGUCACCAUCCAGGUCGCCUUCCAGGUCGCCUCCCAGGUCACGUCCCAGGUCACGUCCCAGGUCACCUCCCAGGUCACCUUUCAGGUCUCCAUCCAGGUCCCCUCCCAGGUCGCCCACCUCCCGUGCCACUCCUAGCUUGUUUGACACCGGGCCCUCUGGGAUGGGCAGGGUGGAUAGCGAGGGGAGGGGCCUGGACGACAUCCACCUCAGCACCACGGGUUUUCUGAUGGACAGCAGGACCAGUCCCUAUGACACGGAGGACAGCAGCUUUGGGUCAACGUACAACUUUAUAGAACUUCUACCCUCACCCCUUGAUUGGCGAAAUGCACAAAUCGAUGCACAGGAAAAAGAAAAAGAACCUGUGAACAACAGGUUCAGCUGCAUACCUGGUCGUUCACCAGCAGCUAAGAAGUCUCCUGAAAAGACCAAAAAGAACCCAUUGAAGUGGUUUGUGCGCGGGUCGCCCUAUACUCCCAACGAAUUGCCAGCGUCCAAAUCAAUGGACAGGCUGCAGACAGCUGCGAUCCCCAAGGUAAACCAGGCCACAAGCAUGUAUGAAAGGCGUCAUGCCAUGCUCUGCAACAAAAUCGAGGCUGCGCUGGGCGAGGACAAAGGCCACGGCCAGCGAGGGCGAGCUUUCGAACUUCAGCAAGGGCAGCAAGGGCCUUCACGCCGGGGUGCGCUCAUCCGCCGAAGCAAGUCUGCCAUCCAACCCAAGCAUCGAUGA